ACUGACUGAACCUUACUUUCCUUCCUUAUCUCAAUAGCUUAUCUCUCAAUCAAAGAAAACAGCGAUUUCCCCGCAGCAAUUCAUCAUUUCGCUCUCCACAUUCGUCAUUGUUCGCUUGUCUGACAUAUAAACUGUAGGCCAUUGGCCACUUUCCUCUGGAUUCGAUUUCAUAUUUCCUAUCUUUCCUAUAUUCCCCAGAUCUUGUAAUCAGCAGUUGCAUUUUGUCUUCCUUUCAUCUAUCAUGGCCUCCGCAACAGGCGUCCCCGAGCUUCAUCCGGACAGCAUCGAUUCCCGCGAAGACUCGCCUUUGUUGUCCACUCCCGGCAACCAGGCCCAAUCUUCUCUAGGUACUGCCCUCGCCGCGCAAGUAGGCAUCUGGCUGAUCGCCAUCCUCGUCUGGACCGGCAUCUUCUCGCACCCUCUCAUCUUCUUCUCCGCCCAUCCACUCCUCAACUCCGCCGCCCUCCUCCUCCAAGUCCAAGCAACCCUCAUCCUCCAACCCACCGCGACCGCGGCCCAGAAACGCCGCGGCACCAUCGCCCACUACACGAUCCAGGCCCUCAGCAUCCUGGGCUUCCUGGCAGCCUUCCUCAUCAUCGAGAUCAACAAGGGCGACCACGCGCGAUUCACCUCCCCGCACGGCGUGCUGGGCCUGAUAACCUACAUCGUGAUCAUCCUGCAGGCCACCGUCGGCGUGGUGCAGUAUUUCCUCCCCGUCACGGUUCUGGGUAGUGUCAACCGCGGCAAGAGUCUGUAUAAGUACCAUCGGCAGUCCGGAUAUCUGCUGCUGGUGCUGGAGCUGGCGACGGUGGCUGCGGCCACGCGCACGGCGUUCAAUGUUAAUGUGCUGGGGAUUCCGCUGGCGGGGGUGCUGGUUGGGGCUGUUUUGGUUGUCGCGGGCGCUGGGGCGCGGGUGAGGAAGCAUAAAUUGGGGUAUUAG